GGGCGGUUUCUAUCGGCGAAACGCAUCUCGCCUCCCGGUCGCCACCCCCCGAGCACAGCAGCAGCUGCUCUUCUCCCCCCCCCCCAGCUCCUUGUCGGUCGCACACGGAGCGGACGCAGCGGAGGGAGAUCAAUUACGUUGAGAAUCUGACGAGAAUAAGAGACCCGAAGGAGCGAGCCUCGUCGGGGAGACGCGGCCGAGGCGACGAGCGCCAAAAACAUAAAGGGAAGAGCGCCAAGGGGGGGGGGAGGGAAAGAGCAAGAGAAGAGAAGGAAAUCGAAGGACCACAGCCAUGUCGGGAAACAAGGGCAAGGGCCAGAACUCGCUGGCGCUCCACAAGGUCAUCAUGGUGGGCAGCGGCGGAGUGGGCAAGUCGGCGCUCACCCUGCAGUUUAUGUACGAUGAGUUUGUGGAGGACUACGAGCCCACCAAGGCCGACAGCUACCGCAAGAAGGUGGUGCUGGACGGCGAGGAGGUGCAGAUCGACAUCCUGGACACGGCCGGGCAGGAGGACUACGCCGCCAUCCGAGACAACUACUUCCGCAGCGGCGAGGGCUUCCUCUGCGUCUUCUCCAUCUGCGAGCACGAGUCGUUCGCCGCAACCUCCGAGCUCCGCGAGCAGAUCCUGCGCGUGAAGGAAGACGAGAGCAUCCCGUUCCUGCUCGUGGGGAACAAGUCGGAUCUUGAGGAGCGGCGCCAGGUGUCGGUGGAGGAGGCGCGGUCGCGCGCCGACCAGUGGGGCGUGAGCUACGUCGAGACCUCGGCCAAGACACGUGCCAACGUCGACAAGGUCUUCUUUGACCUGAUGCGAGAGAUCCGGACGAGGAAGAUGGAGGACAGCAAGGACAAUGGCAAGAAGAAGAAAAAGAACAACAAGAGCCUGGCCAAGAGGAUCCGCGAGCGGUGCACACUGCUGUGAGAGUUCGGCGCACACCACCGCCACCACUAGCCUUGUUUGCAUGAUCACGUUUAACAUGGAAGGCUCCUCCGUGCAGGCCGAUCCACUGCAAGAGUCACACUGGCCCUGUGCUCCACUGGGCACUGCUUGUUUUUGUCCGCGGUCCUUAAACUGUCGUGGAUAUUCCACAUUUCCUGUAAUGGGGACCAGUUUCUCUGCGAGGAUGGCCACUGUUGGUUUGCCAUCUAGCGGUGAUUAUUUUUACCCGCCAGAGCAGAUGGACAUGGGCGGAGCUUUUAACCCGACCCCGGAUUUGAACUCGUGACAUUACAAAGUGGCCGGGAUAGCUCAGCCAGCUGAUAGCUCAGCCAGCUGAGCUAUCCUGGCUGUUAUGCAGUGCAGUGUGCAGAUUGUGAAAUUUUCUCACUUCUGUUGUGAAAUUACUUGGCGCUUUCAUUUGCCCUGUACCGUGUGCUAGUGGGGUGAGAUGCACUUAGUGGAACCGGGAGAUCGGAGUUGCUGAUUUAUCUGCGGAAGACAAUUGAGCGGUGCCAAUUCAUUGGGCACUGUGGAGGCUGCACAAAAAGCAUUGCAGUCAAACGUUUUGAAUGGCAUGGAUUUUUUAACACAUGUUUAAUUGGUUGAUCAUGCAAUAAAGGCUAUUUGCGUAGCUUACAAAUACAUCUCUUAGAUUUGUCUCCCAUUACCUGACUCAAAAAAAAUAGUACUGUAAAAUGCACAGCAACCAUAAAUAACAAUGAUUAUAACUGGUUUCCAUUUUGUCGCUUUUGUAGUAAAAUGAAAACAAACGAAAAAACACAUUCAGGACAUUUCCUCACCCUGCGCUGAAGUGUAUGCUUAGUUUCUUGUGGACGUGGUUAUGGGAUGAUCGCUGGUUUCAUUGCUGUGCCCCCUGCCCUCCCAACAUCCCAAGUGGACUUGUCGCUGCUUCCUGCAAAGGCUUUCCUGACAUUAAAAAUAUAGCUAAUAUUUUAUUUGGUGCCAAUAGAAUCCAGAUCAAAUGAACCAAUUACUAAUGUAUCUCCAAGCGAAGUAGAUGUGGGGACUCUUUCAGUCUUUGUUCCCGAGCUGAGUUUAAAGCCAAGGACAGCAUAAUGGCGGGGCUAAAGUCCUCUCCCUGCCUUGAUAAAUGCCACUGACCCUCGUUUGAAACAAUCUCCUCCUGCUGUAGCUUCUGCUGUUCAUUUGCUGCACGUUACAUUUACGCCUUUGCGAGUUGAUGCUGUUGUUUGCUGAACUGUUGAAAGGUCACUAUUGUGCUAAUGUCAUUGGGCGAAUGGGCUGUAAAAUAACGAUUUAAUGGUUUGUUUUCAGUGAGCAAUUUUUUCUUCCUUUUUUGAAGUAGUUUUUUUAUUGAAUGAGUGGUGUUUAUGCCUUCGUGGCAGAGGGUCGUGGCAAUGUUUCCAUUAUCUCGCUCGUGCUUUGCUUACCGAUUUAUGCUGAAUUGUGUACUCUGAGAUGUAUUGCGACGAACCGCAGAGUGAAAUGUACUCCAUUGGGCGAAGCACACAACACACACUGGCUUUGCCCGUGUUGGUCAUUGCUGUCCUGAAUUCAUGGACAAUGCUGCCUUUAUUCUGUAUUUCUGAAGCUAUGUCUGUUUUUGUAAAAACAAAAAUGUAAACAUAUUGAAGGUAAUGCUGCGAAAUAAUGUAACAUUGUAAAUGCAUAUGAUUCUUAAGUAAUGCAUCCAGGCUUAAGCAUUACCUUUGAUAGUUUUACUAUAAGUUUGGGUCAUUCAGUUUAAUUUGCAUUUUGGCAAUUGUGUUUUUAUGUACGCGUACGUGUUUCACUAACACUACCUGUAUUUGCCCUGUACUAUAAACCGUGAAGUUGGACUGGAAUGCUGUGGUGUAACAUUACAGCACAUGUGGUUCAGUUCCACUAAAUGUUUUCUCCUUGUGCUGCCAUUAGGAGUGGAACGAUGCUUUGAUCCAUUAUUAUUGAUUAUUCAUCUGAAGUUACAGAAGGCAUAUAUCGAGUGAACAAAUAAUAAUUUCGAUUUGCAUUGUCCCUACUAGAGGCACUACCGUUCACGACCAUGUAAAAAAAAGUCAAAUUCUUGAACUAUCCGCAAAACCCAAAUUGCGAUGGUGCGAAAUUGUUCCUCUCCUCGGGGACACAUUGAACGCGUGGCAGCAAGAACUUGGAGGAACCCAAUGGCCGUUACCCAGCGGUAUGAUGUACUGUACGUGAUGCUUGAACUCCAAUGCGUUUGUGACCGCUCUAUGCGACUCUACACUUGGGUUUCGCUUUCCGACGUUUCAGAAUGAUUGUGCCAAACGCCGUCAGCCUGUAUCGGCACAGAUGUAUAAAAUUCCACACUGUCCCUUCCACGAAUACUAAACGCAUAACGGAUGCAUCCAUUCAUUGAUUCUCAUGAUACAUGCAUUCAAUCAUGCACGUGCUAAUUCAUUGAUUCUCAUGAGACAUGCAUUCAAUAAUGCACGUGCUAAUUCAUUGAUUCUCAUGAUACAUGCAUUCAAGCAUGCACGUGCUAAUUCAUUGAUUCUCAUGAUACAUGCAUUCAAUCAUGCAUGUGCUAAUUCAUUGCCAUUUUUUCAACAUUUCUUCUCAUGGGGGAACGCAACUACAAAUGAGGUGGCAAAAAUGAGAAACAAUACAAAUGAGAAUUUAAUUGUGACCCCAAAUCGUAACAAUUCAUUGUAUUUCUUGGGAGGCGGGGGGUGGUGAAUCGUUUUGCCUAGCAUUGAUCGGUGUGCACAUUUUGCAUGUAAAAUGAGAGGUAUUGCCCCACAUCGGUUGUGUCAUUGUGGUAAACACGGAGAUCAGAAUUUAAUUGAGUCAGCCCAAUGCUGUUUCUCAUCAUAGACGUCACAACUUGCUCAUGGCAUAGCCUCUCUGUGCUUCCCUUUGUCCAUUCACAUGGAGAUUGGGUGCAAAAGACAUCGGUUAUGCACAACACACGAGGCGUGUGUGAUUUGGUCCGUGUGAGAUAUGCGUCGUGUGCCGGUGGACGCCCACAUACAAUCUCUGUCGUUUGUCUUCCCCUACCCACCGCAGUGUUAAUGUUUGUAUGCUGGGGUGUGAUGUAUGUAUGUUUGAACUUCUUUCGCACCGCGAUGUAUAAGUGGCCCUGUUGUUUUUCUUGUUUGUGUAUGCUCUCUUAAUUGGGUGCACCUGGCAUGUACAACCUUUCUAAAAGGUGUGCAAUUUAGAUCGGGUUGUUCUAAAAGUGGCAUCCAAAAACAGUACAGGACCGUAUUUAAAUUAAGUGUUAAAAAACAUGUACUUUCAUUUGCAUGUGGCAUUUUUUUGUUAUGGCUUUUAAAAAAAAUAUUGUUUCGAAUUUGUUAUUACUCUACCUGCACCUGGUAUAAACACCGGGCUUGUCUGCUGUUUUUGUUUUGCUUUAACAAACCACAAAUGUAUAAGUGGUGUGUUUUACGGAGCACUUGAGUAGCGUAAGUGGCAAGAGAAUGGAAAGUGGUGAUUUUUGCAAUGAACAAACUCCUACGGCCAUCCACAUGGGUAGAGGGCAGCUUGGUUAAUGAUACGCUUACAACAGUGCCUCGAAUGCAGGAAAGCCUCGCCGAGUCUCAAGACUCCUUUUCAGGAGGGUCCUGUUUUGAGAUGUUGGGCCAAUUCCAUGUAUUAUGGGCUUUUCGAAACGUCAAGCAUACUUGCCUUGUGCAAGUUGACAUGCCAGGCUUGGAUAAUAAAAAAAACAAUCUAAACCAAAAUGUACACUAUAAAGUGUUAAUAGAUUCUGCUAAAAAAUCAAGCAGACAAAAGACAAUGCAAUGAUACAACGGGUAGUUUGCAUGUCGCCCUACAUGUGUAUUUUCUAUCUGAUCACCGAUGCUCUCCUUCGCUCUUUGCUAAAGACAAAGGUAAAGCUGUAGUACGCACGGAGCCUCACCCUACAGCGCGGGGGUCAGAAAUCGGUGACUUGAUUACCAUAUUUUGCCCCCCCCCCCCUUUUAUAAAUCCAUGCCACUGAACUACAGGGAUCGUCGCAGCCUUGUAAUGUUUGCACAAGAUAAAUGACUCGUCGUUCUGUGAAUUGAAGCUGCACGCUUCAGAGUUGCGCCAUCGAUGUCUGCCCUUGCGUUUUAAACUCAACCAAGCCUUGGCACCGCUUUCUGUUGCACCCGCCCGCUCGCGACUUGUACAUUGGGUUAUUUUUAUUUAAAAAUUUGCCACCAAUCAUUUAACCACUAUGUACAGAAUGUAUUUUUUUGAAACGUAAUCUCUAUUUCAUUUAAUAAAAGUUGUUUUGAUGAACGUG